GCACACGUCACUCACUUUUACCUAAAAUAUAUCACCGCAGAUACAAAGUAACCUCGCUCGCAGCCUUAAAAGUGUCUCCUGCAGGUCCAAAGAGUGAGAGGAAAUGGCGAGGAGGAGGCUGCUUGUGUGCGCGUCGGAGUGAGCAGGCUUCAGGUCCAGUCCGCGCAGCAUCCGUGAAAAUGGCUCUGGCUAAAGACUGGAAAACAGCGCGCAGAAAUGGACGCUAACAGCUACACGGUCAGAAGAGGCGUGACAGGCCCCAUCCAUCUGCAUCUGUGCUCUGCCACGGGAUGUGAUUUCACGUUUGCAUGAAAAUGAGAGGGGCUCUUGUAAACUGUAGCUUGUCUGGUUCAGCUGGGCAUCCCUUUAACUGUGUCUACAUCAGAGACCAGAGGAAAUGGUAAGGACAUAAAAAGGAAAGUCUUGAAUGAAGACUGAUCUGAAAACUGCUCAGAGAAUAUCAACGAAAACAUCAGACAUGAGAAGAUAUCACGUUUACAGCCUAAACCCAACAACAUAGUCUUCUUAAACAAAGCACUCACGUUCACUUCAUAAUUUAAUCUCUCUGGAUAUUACAGAAAAUAGUACAUAUAUUUAGUUACUGACACUUUAGUAUUUGUGGAGUUAAAUCCCAUCCUCUUCGUUGGGGCUGACCAGCCACUGCUGGGACUUUUGCCGCUCCGACUGUUGGAGCCUUGGCUCUGGUGCUCCAUGUGCCAGUGAGUGGGAAAUGUUCCAAUUUGGAAAGUAUAAUCUGGACAUUAUAGAGAUGUUAAGUGGGCACCAGGCCCACCAGUUCAAAGGUCUGGGUUUAGAUCGACAGCUACAGCACCAACAACAAGUGCAGCUUCACCAGCACCCUCUCCCGCAGCAGCAGCAGCAGCAGCAGGCUGAGUCGUCUGGAGCUCUUCUGUCUGGACUUGGCCUGGGGCCCCUGCAGGGGUCAAGAGGUAACGCCUUUUCUGAUUCUGCCUCCAUUUUUGCCAAGAUGAGUGCCCCUCCUCCCCCACCUUUACAACAACAGCCUUCCUCAUCUCAGAGCUCCCGUUCAAAGGCAAACAAGAUGAGCAGCGGCAGCAGCCACUCUCCAGGCUACCCUCAGUUCCUGCGCUCUUUCCACACGUCUGAGGCAGCGCUAGCACAAGAGCAGUUGCACCCGAGUAUAGGCCGUUUUGAGCCCUUCGCUGGGGGCAGUGGCAGCAGUGGGAGCACUGGGGGAUUGGGAGGAUUAGUAGCAUCAGCACCUCCACCUCCUCCUCUGCAUUCUGGCCUUUCUGUCCCCCAGGCGUCACCUGGGCCCCCCUCUUCUUCCCCUUCUACCUCUGUUGCCAACUCUAACCCUUCUAGUAGCAGUGCAGUCAGCUCUUUGGGACACCAGUUGGUUGGGUCUCAGUCUGAUGCACGCAGCCUUCACCAACAGUUUAGUUGCAUGUUAGCUGCUAAUCAGUAUUUUUUAUCUGGGGUGCCUGCUAAUGCAAGUUUAGAGCAAUUUCUUGUACAACAAGGGACUCAUAACCACUUAGGAAUUAGUUUAAGUCAGGCAGGGGAAAAUAGUUCUGGUCUUGCACCUCCUCCUGUUCUGCAUAACUCCCACGCUCAUGGCCACUCCACUCCUCAGCCCCAACAGACGGCCCAGCAGGCUCCGCAGCAGCAGCAGCUUCCACCUCACGGCCUCUCCCAUCCUCAUCCCCACUCACAUCCGCACCAUCCUCUUCACCCGAGCUCUCAGCCUUCGUCUUUGGGUGGUUUUGACUUCCAGGGCAUCCCCGUUCUCUCUUCUAAUCAGAUAGCUUCUUUAAUGCAGCAAGAACCUGGCCUGCCCCUCCCCUUACCAUUACAUUUAUCUUUAUCUAAGGAUGACGGUAAAGGGGAGAGCACUGGUGUUGGUAGCAGUAGUAGCAGCAGUAGUAGGAGGAAGAAAGCAAUGGCUGGAUAUUUGCCACAGAGAAAAGCUGAUAGCACGAGUAACGGCAACAGCCACGGGCACAAUAGUCACAGUAUUAAUCUUAGUAACGGAGGGGGGCUUAGUCAUGGUCAGCCCCCAGCUUUAAUUGGCAGUGGGGUUGGUUUGUCAAAUAUUGGUGGUGACCCCUCAUCCCUUCUUGCCUCAUCAUCAUCUUCAUCAGUAGUUUCUUCCUCCUCCUCUGCUCCCUCUUCUACUGCUGCCUCUGCACUAGUGUCUGAUUCUCACAUUACUAAAUGUGACAAUCCAAGCUCUAUGCAGUCCAACCCCUCAAAUUCAGACACAGAGCCUGUUUAUAGUUGUUCAGAUUGUGGCAAAAGCUUUCCUCACCUCUCUAGUCUGCGCAGACAUUUACGCAUGCAUGAACCCACCACAGCAGGCACUAGCAAUUCUAAUUCUAUUCGCCCAAACCCCAUCCACAUAAAAUCAGAGCCCGACCCAACCCUUCCUCAUUCAACCCAAGAAGCGCCUCAGCCCUCGUCUAAUUCCUGCCCGAGCCCAGACAAAAUAUUUCAUUGUCCUGAAUGUGGCAAAGGCUUUAAGAAAAAAGGCCACCUUCUGCAGCAUGGUGUAAUACACUCGUCAGCCCGGCCUUUUGGCUGCUCCACCUGCUCUCGGGCCUUUAAUCGUAGAGAGUCACUGACCCGACAUGAGAAGAUACAUGAGGAAAAACCUUUCCGAUGUCCCGCCUGUGGCCGUGCCUUUCGUGAGAGCACAUCUCUGCUGAACCACGCGGCCUCAGGCACCUGCGGCAAGCCAGGUAGGGGGCCCAAACAACGGAACGGCAAAAUAGAAAGUGACGGUGAGGACAGAGGGGGUGGAGUUGGUAAUGGAGGAGGGGGAACUUAUCAAAGCAAUAGAGGGGGUAUUUAUGGGAAAGCUGAGGAAGAAGAAGGUGUAAUAAUUGUGGGGGAAGGAGAACCAAAAUCAGGUUUAGGAUGUGAUGGUCUUUAUCAAUCUGGACGGGGAGGGAAUUCAAAUGACAGGGACAGAACUGAUGGUAAAUACCCCACUGACUACUCUCGGAAUCGUUACACAGGCUACCAUGAUGACCACCGAUCUCAAAGUAACCCAUCUCCAUGCUACUCUGGUGCCUCCCCCUGUGGGAGCGGGAUGGCCGGCCCCGCUCUGAGAAAGGCACCCCUGGCACCAACUCUGCAUCCACACACACAGAGCCACCCUCACCACCACCCGCAGCCACCACCCCACCUGCCUCUGUCUUCUUUACUGGACGACUCUGAAGACGAUGUCACUAGCUCUGUAAAUCAUGCUAUCUCCGCUAUUACUGCUGCUAAUAGCGGCGGAACCAGAGGGGACGAUAGGGGCGACAUUAUAGGGGGUCUUCUUGGUGGUCUUGGUUUAGGUCCUCUGGGGUCACCUUCAUCAACGACAAUGGAUAACAAAAAUUACAGACCGGAGGCUAUGAGCAGUACGCAAGAUCCUUCCGUCAAACCUAAACGUCCCCGCAAACCCAGAGCCAAGAAAGACUCCUCGGCCAACGAAGACCCCUCAAAACCUCGACAAUACACCCAAAGAAUGAGCACCAGCGGACUCCCACGCACCCAUCUCUGUAGUGUCUGCGGUAAAGGCUUUGCGCGCCGCGAGACUCUGAGAAGACACGACCGCAUUCAUACUGGAGAAAAACCCCACCAUUGCACCGUCUGCGGUAAAUAUUUUAGAGAGGCCUUUCAUUUAAGCAAACAUCAAACUGUCCACUCGGGUGCAAAAAACUACAAAUGCACCAUUUGCGGAAAGGAGUUUGGUUAUUCGCAGAGUCUCCGUCGUCACGGUAAACUCCAUCAAAAAGGCGAAAAUGAAGAAGUGCCAGCUACGCCUAAUACAGAAAAUCUAAACAGCUUUAACCCAAAUCCUCAAUGUAGCGUGGUCCCAGAUAGGAGCCAAAAUCAAGUCCCGAGUACCUCCUCCUAUUACUCCUACUCUCAAGAUGUCAAGCCUCAAGACACGCACCCCCCAUCCCAUGCACCGCCCCCACCUCGGCUCUACACCUGUGCGAUAUGUUGGAAGUCUUUCCGGCAUCAUUUCCAUUUGACUGCGCACCACCAGACAGUUCAUGACGGUGGGGGCGAAAAGGUGUUCUCGUGUGAAGUAUGUGGCAAGUCGUUCGCGUACUCUAACAGCCUUACCCGACAUAAGCAAUCCCAGCACGGCAUAACCCGCAAUGAAUCGUCAAACCAUCACGAAAACAGCAAUAGAUCCGUAAACAGCCAAAAUGUGAGCAACAUCAACCAGGCAACUUCAGAAAAUGAGGCAGCAACUAACGCAUUGCUUCAGAUGACACCUUCCUCUGAAACUCACGGAGGCCCGGGUUUGCCUGUCAGUCAUAACCACCAACAGCAGCCUCCUCCACACCCGCCAGCUGGCUACCCUCCUCUCUUUUAUGACGCUUCAACCAAUGCACCAAAUUAUUCACAGCCUCUGCCCCCAAACUCAACAAUCAUGCCCCCGCAGCACCCCCACUCCCCUGCUGGAGUCAAAGGAGAGCACAUUUAUCCCGCGGGAUCUCGUAGUCGCACGUUGCACACUACAGCCCCUUUCCAGCCCCUCACAGAAAUACCCUCAGCUGAACAUCACCAUCUGCAUCACCAUCCCAUUCAACCCCACCUUCAUCCUCAUAUGUCAAACACAGAGCUGCAGCAACAAACAGAUUUCAGAAUUGAUAUGUCACAAGAUAACGUAGGACGGCUCAAGAAGAAAAAGAAAAAGUCUAACAACAGGCAAGACUGGAGCGAAGGAAAAUGGGAAGACACAGAUAAACGUGAUGCCAAGAAAAUAACAAAAAAGACAUGUUUUUCAGUUAGCAGGCAGCGUCGUAGCAAAAAGGCACCCAAACGCAAGACAUUUCGGAGGGUAAGAGGGCACAAACUUAUGAACAGCGGAGAAAUGAAGGCACUGUCCUCCCUUAAAGUCCCAGUGAAGCGUUUUGGCUGCCCGAUCUGCCCCAGUUCGGUGUUUUCUCACAGAGCAGGGUUGCUAGUUCACAUGGCAGCAAAACACAUCCAAAAGGUCUUAACUGGUCUGGAGCGUCUGACCUGUUGUGUGUGUGGGAAACAGUCUCACGGACCAAUGGCAGCCUUCAUCCACCGGGCAAAACAUUGCUCCAAAGGGACUUUCUCCUGCCGACACUGCCGUCUUCGCUUCUGGAACGCCACCCUUCUUCAUAGGCACAAGAAGGCCUGUCGACGCACAGCUAAAGGCCUGCAGAGAACCAGUGUAAAGAAGAUAGAUGGAUCAGAGACAGAGGGGGAGCAAGGAGAUGUGCAGGGCGACAUAUCGUUUCUAUAGGGACCAUAAGAAGAAAGUAAAGGGAGAUAUUUGUGUUCUUCCAUGAAAUAGUGAGGGAACGUUAAAGAAUUGCCUCUGAUUUGUUUUCCUGAGUAUUAGAUUGAGUGUGUUAACAGCUACUGUAGAUUCUCACCAGAAAAUCUUCCAGGUUGUGGUGGAAGAUGUUUUAAAGCCUUGACUGUUUCCUUUACCCCUAAGUGCAUUGACACUGUGCUUGGCUGACACUGUGCAGUUAAUAGAAACGUUUAGGAGAAAUGACCUGCUAAAAAUGUAUCCCCAAUAUUAUAAUAAUAAUAAUAUUAAUAAUAAUAGAAAUCUUGCUACACCUCUUGCUGUAUGAUAAGUGUUUCUGCUGUGUACUUUGUCUUGUUGUUCACUAGAGGCUGAGCACUUAACUGAAAAUGUAAAGUGCGUUAUUAGGAGUAGGGACUUGGGGACAAAACCUUUGAUAGUAUCUCAGUGCAUGUUUGUUCUCUGGUGAAGUUUUUGAAGAGGUUGUGAAUCAUUCCAACAUUAUCUGCUAGUUUAUUCAGUAUUUCCCCAAGUUAACCCAUGGUUUGACAAAUCUAUUGGGCUCUGCACUGACACGUGAUUUAAUCAUAAACUGUAAUUCAAAUUGCAGACAUUAAACUGUAUAAGCCUCAGCCAAAGUUAGACGUUACAGAAAGCCACGGCUUAUUAUGUCAAUUUGGUUCAUUUUGGUCAGUUCUGUUAUAAAUGGGAGACAGGUCAAAUGAUGCCUGUACUAUUAAUCUCAUAAUAUGUGUAUGAGAAAUUAUUUCUACAGUACUUUUGCGUGUUUUAAAACAAGGACCUAUAAUAGCAAUGUAAUAAUCCAUGUAUUUAUGUGUGUAAUCCAAUCGAUCCUCGCAUCAAUCGUAUAGGCUACUUAACCUCUUUUCUAUUUGCUGAGUUGCAAUCAUCCUCCUGUCUUUUAUUGUUCCUUUGUUUACAUGUGUCCAUACCAUAACGCACCUUAGUUUAUCUUCUAAGGACUAAUGGGAUUAGUAUGUUUCUAUCACAUUUAUUUACUCAAAAGUCAGUAGUUGAA